AAGGAGCAUGCCGCCUAAAAAGGGUGCGAAGAAGCAUAAGGAGGAUAACUGGGAUGACGAGGCGGCUGAGCGAAAAUUGGCGACACUUAUGAAAAAGAAAGAUGAUGAGGUGGACUGGGAUGCUGAAAGUGACGAUGAACCAAUACAGCCUGUUAUACCGGCAGCUGGUAAAAAAGCUGCGUUUGCGAUGCUGAUGGACGAUGAUGACGAAGAUGACGAUGAUGCGCGGAGUAAGUCCGAAUCUGAUCAAGAAGAGUCGCGAGAGGAACCGCCUAAACAAGAGAAGAAGAUAGAAAAGAAGCCCGAAGUGAUUGCAGCACCUAAGCAAGAGGGCAAGAAGAAGGGGAAGAAAGGGAAGAAGGGGAAGCAGGAAGAGGAUGACGAUCUGGAUGCGAUCUUGGCUGAUCUCGAAUUGAAUGAUAAAAGCGCGGGUAAAGGAAAGAAAAAGGGAGCCAAGAAAAUUGAAGCUGAACUGCACGUGACUGACGAAAGCAAAGAAGGAACUCCUGCUUCAAAAGAGGCUUCAGUCGAGCCUCCAGCAGCGCCACUUGCGGCGGCACCGGAAGCAGCGGCUGAAGUUGCUGCGGAUGAUAGUAAGAAGAAAAAGAAGAAGAAGAAGGAUAAGAAGAAGGAUGAGGCGGAGAACGAAGUGCCGAAGAAGGAUGACAUGGAGGAUAAAAUGCCUUCUGAAGAAAAGGAUGAAAAAGUUCAAAAAGCAGCAGAAUCUAAAGAGCAAGCUGGUGGUGAUGCUGAUGAGGCUGCUGGAGAGGGCGAGGGUGGCGACGAUGAAGCUGCCAAAGAUAAAAAGAAGAAGAAGAAAGACAAGAAAAAAGAGAAGAAGAAGGACAAGGACGAAAAAGAUGACGGCAAAGGAAAGAAAAAGAAGCAUGUUGACAUGAUCAAAGAACUUUUACGAGCAAAACAAGAAGCAGAAGAAGCUGAGCUCAGAAGGCAAAAAGAAGAGGAGGAGAGGUUGGAAGCUAUAGCCAAAGCUAAGGAAGAAGAAGAGCGAUUGGCAAAAGAGAAGCGCGAAGCUAGAAGAGCUAAGGAGAAAGCGGCCAUCGAGCGGAAGAAAGCUGAGGGUACAUAUCUCACAGCAGCACAAAGGGAAAAGCAGCGCAUAGCUGCUGCGAAAUUAGCUGCGGCGGGAUUAUCUAAACCUGUACCCGCGGUCAGUGAGCAGGUUCUGUAUGCCAAUCUUGACCGGCGCGCUAAGAAAAAGUUGCAAGAACAACGCAUGAAGGAACAGCAGUUGAGAGAACAAAAAGAAAAAGAAGAAGCUGCAGCGAGACUUAUUGAAGAAACCAAAACACCACCACCUUCAAAAGAAGAAACUCCGGAACCCCAACCUGAGACACCCGCAGAGGACGAACCUCUUGAUGACUGGGAGAUGGCAGAAGAUCAACCUAUCGAACCUGUGGUUCCUGCACCGCAAAAGAAACCGACUGAGGUUAAGCCACCUUCGGGCAAUGUGCUUGCUGAUGAUAAACUCAUUACGACGAAAUCUGAAGUUUCUGAAGAGGAGGAAGAGGAGUCAUCAGAGGAGACCGAGUCAGAAGAAGAAAGUGAGAGCGAGGAAGAGUCGUCAAGUGAUGACGAAUCGCCGAAGUCGAAGAUGACCAAGGAAGAAAUGAUGGACAUUGUCCGACAGAGAUUCGCUAAAAGACGUGAAUCAGCAGAAGCCAAAAGAUCUACAGAUGUUCUCCGAGCUCCAGUCAUUUGCGUCCUUGGACACGUAGACACGGGUAAAACAAAGAUGCUGGACACGAUCCGUCGAACAAAUGUGCAGGAUGGAGAGGCUGGCGGUAUCACGCAGCAAAUUGGUGCUACUCAAGUUCCUGCCGAGGCAAUCAAAGAACGUUGUAAACAGGUGCGGGAUUUCGCACCGGAUUCGGUCAAAAUUCCCGGCUUUCUGAUAAUCGACACUCCCGGUCACGAAAGCUUUGCAAACCUUCGUUCGCGCGGCUCGUCGCUCUGUGAUUUUGCAAUUCUAGUCGUAGACAUUAUGCACGGUCUCGAACCGCAAACUAUAGAAUCUUUGAAGCUACUGCUCAAGAGAAGGACUCCAUUUGUGGUUGCUCUCAAUAAGAUUGAUCGUCUCUAUGGUUACGAAUCGAAUCCACGUAAAGAUGUCUAUCAGCAUCUCAAGUCUCAACCGCAGAACACACAGCUUGAGUUCAAAGAGCGUUAUGAGAAGAUAGUUGGAGAGUUUGCUGAACAGGCUGUGAAUGUGUGCCUAUCAACCCAAAAUAAGAAUGUAGAAGAAUAUAUUAGCAUGGUUCCAACGUCUGCCUUUCUGGGAGAUGGAAUAGGAAAUCUUAUGGCUUAUAUUGUCUCAACUACUCAGCAGUAUCAUGCUGAAAAGCUCGCGUUCUGCGAUGAACUGGAUGCGACUGUUAUGGAAGUGAAGGCUAUUCCUGGUCUUGGCACCACAAUCGACGUGAUCCUAGUGAAUGGUCGACUGAAAGUCGGAGACAUUAUCGUGCUUACCGGCACAGAUGGUGCUAUCAUGACACCGAUAAGGGAGCUUCUGAUGCCACAGCCAUUGAAGGAGCUUCGCGUAAAGAAUGAAUAUGGGCAUUACAAAGAGAUACAAGGAGCUCAAGGAGUAAAAGUUUUGGCAAAAGGACUCGAGAAAGCUUUAGCUGGCCUUCCGCUGUUUGUUGCUAAUAAAGAAGACGAGAUUGAUUUCUUGAAACAAGAAGCUGAAGUGCAGCUGAGCAGAGCGCUCAUGUCGAUCAAGAAGAAGGCUGAGGGCGUCUAUGUUCAAGCUAGUACGUUAGGAUCUUUAGAAGCUUUACUGGAGUUUUUGAAGACACAAAAAAUCCCGUAUUCAAAUGUUAAUAUCGGCCCAGUCCAUAAAAAAGAUGUCCAGAAAGCAGCAGCUAUGUUAGAGCAUAAGCCAGAAUAUGCAUGUAUUCUGGCGUUUGACGUCAGAGUGGAGCGAGACGCGCAACUUUUUGCAGAUCAGGAAAAGGUUAAAAUAUUCCAAGCCGACAUUAUUUAUCACUUGGAAGAUAAUUUUCUCAAAUACAGGGAGGAACUACGGUUGAAAGCGCGAAGAGAGAAUGAACACCUGGCUAUCUUCCCAUGUAAGCUUCGUAUUCUUCCUCAGCAUGUGUUCAAUGCCAGGAAUCCAAUCGUUUGUGGAGUUGUUGUUGAAGCAGGACAGCUGAAACGCGGCACUCCUAUUUGCGUACCUAGCAAGGAUGGAAUAUUUUUGGGAGCGAUAGCAUCGAUCGAGAGGAAUCAUGAGGAGGUACUGAUUGCUAAAGCCGGUGAUGAGGUAUGUAUCAAAAUAGAAAAUACAACUGGCGAAGCUCCUAAAUUGUAUGGGCGACAUUUCAAUCACGAAGACACACUAGUCAGUAGGAUCUCCCGAGAUUCGAUAGACGCUUGUAAAACAUAUUUCCGUGACGAUUUGAGUCGGGCCGAUUGGCAACUGGUGGUUGAGUUGAAGCGACUUUUAGAUAUACAUUAAUUUCCCUCCAUUGCCAAUGUUGUCAUUGAUUGUGAACUAAAUUUAUUAUUCCCUUAAUUUCCUGGUGUACUCAUGGUUUUUUAUGAAUGCUUACGUUAGGUGUGCAUAUAGGACCAUGUUUUGUCUUGUCAGCUUACUUUCCGACUAAUGUGUGUGUUUCUUUCUGCCCUAAUCGAAAUGGGCUUGUUGCUUAAGUUGUUUUAUCCAUAUCUUCCAAAUGCAUCUUCGGUGGGUGCCUCCAGUUGAACUAUGCUUAUCACUUCUAGUUUUAGUCAGUUUUUGGCGGAGAACAAUGAUACAACUUUUCCCAAUAUACAUUCGUCAAUGCAGCCGUUGUCCGCGUAUUCUGUUUUAUAGCGGACUCCUGAUAACGAGUAAAGUAUUACGGAUGUAUUUUCAGUUCGUUGAAUAUUAAAAGCUCAUCCAAUAAUGAAG